CCGAUACCAGAGCAUGUACAGGAGACAGAUCACGUCGUUGAGGCCAGAGAUGGCUUCAAGAUCCCGAUAAUCAUCUACAAGCCAGUACACAAGUCCUCGGAGCCAUCUCCCGUCAUAGUGAUGCUACAUGAGGGGGGAUGGACCAUGGGAGAUCUGACAGAUGAGCAUCUCAACUGCCGCAUGUUCGCUCGCGAUCUUGGUGCUGUCUGUGUCAAUGUAGACUAUCGCCUUGCACCAGAACACGCCUGGCCGAAAUGCGUGGAAGACUGCUACGACGUCAUAUCUUGGGUUGCGAAGACUGCAUCGCCAUCAAAUCCAGAGCUCCCAGGUGACCCGAAAGCGGGCUUCAUAGUUGGCGGCGCAAGCGCAGGAGGCAAUCUGGCUGCCGUGAUGGCCCAGCUUGGUCGUGACAAUGGGCUCAGUCCGCCUCUGACAGGGCAAUAUCUCUGCUGCCCUUCGCUUCUUUGGCACGACGUCGUACCUGAGAAGUGGCAAUCGGAAUAUCGAAGUCGCCAUGAAUCGUUCGAUGACCCAUUAUUCCGCGACGGCAUGAAGAAGGCCCCGCCAAACAACCUCGCUGGAAAAGGCUCCACUAACCCUCUCUUCAAUCCUCUUCUACACCCGAACCUCAAAGGUCUGCCUGCUUGCUAUCAGCAGGUGUCAGGUCUUGAUCCACUCCGCGACGAGGCCAUCCUGUACGAACGUGUGUUGAGGGAAGAAAACGGCGUCAAAACGAAGAUCGACGUUUAUGAUGGACAUGGGCAUAUGUUCUGGACCAACUGGCCAACUCUGGAACGCAGUAAGGAAUUUGUCAAAGACACUCUUGAAGGCUUCAAGUGGUUGCUG